CAGUAUAUGCACACUUCAAAGCUUUUUGUUGCUUUGUGCUUAAUGGAAUGGAACCCCCUUGAGUUCUUCUCUCUCUCACUCUUUCACUUUUCUCUCUCUGCUCUUUAGGUUUCACUCUUCUUCUUCUUCUUCUUCUUCUUCACUCUGCCAACUCUUCAAACAACAAAGAAUAAUCACUCUUCUUCUCUUUUGCUACACCAACCUUCCAUUUCCACAUUUUGUAUAUUUUGAAUCUGAUGUCUCUGCCACUGCUGGUUCCUGAAGAGGAACGGCAGAGCAACCCCUCAACGGUAGCAUCUGCAUCUCCACAGUCCUUGGACUGUUUUUCACAAACCGGAGUUGGAUUGAAAGAACGCAAUUACCUUGGUUUGUCGGAUUGCUCAUCGGUGGACAGUUCUACUGUCCCGAGCUUGUCCGAUGAGAAAAAAGUGAACCUAAACUUGAAAGCUACAGAGUUAAGGCUGGGACUUCCUGGAUCCCAGUCACCUGAAAGGGAUCCAGAUCUUUUUACAUUGAGCUCGACAAAUCUUGACGAGAAACCACUUUUCCCUUUGCUUCCCACGAAAGAUGGAAUCUGCUCAGUGUCUCAGAAAAAUGUGGUUUCAGGCAACAAAAGAGGUUUCGCUGACACAAUAGAUGUGUUCCCUGAGGCGAAAUAUAAUGGUAAUGCGCGUGUAAACUUAAUGCUAUCACCAAGACCUUCUGGAGCUCAGCCUACUACAGUUAAAGAAAAACCAAUCAAGGUGUUACAAGAGAGCCCUUGUGCAGCAAAUGCAACUGGAGCUCCUACCAAUGGCAGUGCACCGGCUGCUAAAGCACAAGUUGUUGGUUGGCCACCUAUUAGAUCAUUUAGGAAAAACUCAUUGGCCAACGCUUCAAAGAACAAUGAUGAAGUGGAUGGAAAACCAGGUCCAGCUGCACUCUUUGUGAAGGUUAGCAUGGAUGGUGCUCCUUAUCUAAGGAAGGUUGAUCUACGAAACUAUACAACGUACCAGGAAUUGUCUUCUGACCUUGAGAAGAUGUUCAGCUGUUUUACCUUAGGUCAAUGUGGUUCGCAUGGAGCUCCGGGAAGAGAAAUGUUGAGCGAGAGCAAGUUGAAGGACUUCCUGCAUGGUUCUGAAUAUGUGGUCACUUAUGAAGAUAAAGAUGGUGACUGGAUGCUUGUAGGAGAUGUACCAUGGGACAUGUUCACUGACACAUGCAAAAGGCUGAAAAUCAUGAAGGGGUCUGAUGCAAUUGGCUUAGCUCCAAGAGCCAUGGAAAAAUCCAAGAGCAGGAGCUGAAUAAAUGAUAUUAUUGGGACUACUGACUAUGUUUUUUGUCUAGUAAAGUAAAAUUGUACCUUAGAAGAACAUGGAAAGAAAACCAUGGAAUAAAAAACUAAAUCCAUGUGUUUUGAUGGUUAAGAUGUUAUUAUGUUUUGAAGUCCCUAUUAGUUGUCUUGAUCUUUAUUAUGUUACAUAUUUGUUAUAUACUUCAAUACUUUAUGAAGCUAGCUUCAGUAUUAGUAUUUGGGGAGUUAUGUAAUCUUUAUAGGAACCUUAUGUUUGAAUGAAUGUAUGUUUGCAGCAAGUA